AUGGCUCCUCCCCCUCGCGAGAAACCGUGGCACGCCCACCUAACCCUCGACCUCCUCAUCCACGUCCUCAACCGCUCCCUCCUCCACCCCUACAUCGCCUGGCUCAUUCCCCUCUGCCUCCGCGCCAUCACAACCCCUUACCACGCGCCCGAAUUCAUCUCCGCCUGCGUCUGGGCUUCCUUCAUCACUCUCACGGCGAUCCUCGGGGUCGUGAACAAGCGCAUCGCGUAUGGCUUACCGCGCGAAGUGGAUUGGGAGGAGGAGGUCGUGGUGAUCACGGGUGGUGCGCAGGGGUUGGGGAAGAUUUUGGCGGAGAUGUAUGGGAUGCGCGGGGCGAGUGUUGCGGUGUUGGAUGUCGUGGAGCCCGGGAGGGAGAGUGAGGGGUUAGCGGGGGUGAAGUGGUACCGUUGUGAUGUUGGGGAUGCGGGGGCGGUGGAGAGGGUGAGGAGGGAGGUGGUGAAGGAUCUUGGUACUCCGACCAUUUUGAUCAACAACGCCGGGAUUGUGAAUGGCAAACCACUGUUUGACCUCACCAGCGCCGAAGUGAGCCGUAACUUCAACAUCAACCUGCUCUCCCACUUCCACACCAUCCGCACUUUCCUCCCCGACAUGCUCGCCUCUGAAACCGGCGGUACCAUCGUGACCGUAGCCUCCGUCUUGGGAAAGCUGGGUGCCAGCCACUUGUCCGACUACACGGCCGCGAAAGCAGGCUUGAUCGCUAUGCACUCUUCCCUCCGCGCGGAGCUCAGCUCGUCGACUGCUCCGGAAGGCUCGAAAGGCAUCCGAACGAUCCUGGUAACGCCGGGACAGCUGAGCACGAGUCUCUUCGCGGGCGUGGAGACGCCGAGCUCGUUCUUCGGACCGGUCGUUGAGCCUGUAGAGUUGGCGAGGGAGAUUGUAAGGAUGGUUGAUGCGGGCGAGAGUGGGGAGAUUAGCACGCCGUUCUACGCGAGGUGGAUCGAGUGGCUGCAUGUGCUGCCGGUAGGGGCGCAGCGAAUUGUCAGAAGGUUGGUAGGGGUGGACAAGGCUAUGGAGGGCUUUGGAGAGAAGGUUACAUCAAACGACUGUCCUGAGAAGCACGGAUGA